UCUAUGCUUUGCACAUAGAGAGAAACAGAGUAACUUUCGAAAUGUACUUUAUUUACAUAAUUUUCAUAAAUUUUACGUUUGUAAGCGUGUAUUUUAUAGAUACAGUAAACGCAAAUAAAACUACUACAACUACAAUUGAUUUUUGCGAACAUCCCGACUGUUCUAUGAAAAACCAACACACCAUGUGUAUAGCCAAGGACAAGCAAAGUCCUAGGCUGUAUGCUUCGGGAAUGACAGGGUGGAUGAGGUAUCAAAUACUUCUGCUGCACAACAAGCACAGAGAUAAUAUAGCAAUGGGUCUAGAUCCUGGACAGCCGCCUGCUUCUAAUAUGCGAAAGAUGUAUUGGGACUAUGAAUUGGAGAAGAUGGCAGAGGUUUGGGCGCGACAGUGCCAGAAGCGACACGACGAGUGCAGAAAUACCAUCAGAUACAAUGUGCUUCAGAAUAUGGACGUGCGGCCGGUUUUGCCGCGAGUGACGGAGGCCCAGUUGCUGGACGACGCCGUGGGCUCGUGGUUCUCGGGCUCGCGAGUGUUGCCCCCGGAGUACGUGUGGUCUUUCCGUCGGUGGAACUGCAGCGCGGCAGGAGGCUGUAAUGCUCACUGGUACUCUACUGCUGCUUGGGGCUCCACUUGGCGUCUUGGCUGCUCCCAGGCACUGUGCACUGCAAAAAAACGUUCCUGCGCUGCUUAUCGCAAGAAAAGAAAGAGCUUCCCGCAGGACGAGGAAACCCAUGAAGCUGACUCGCAUGAAUUAAGAGAAGCGCAUGAAUCCAAUAGUUAUCCGCAUGAAUUGAUAGAAGCAGAGAAUGUUACAAGAACGACAAUGAAGGAAAACAUUUUGAGACGAACCAAAUUCAUGACUACGGAGGAAGUAUCCCGGCUGGAGGAUUUCGAAAUGAAGCGGCCGGGAGUGACAGACGGAUCGCCUUUACACCGUGGUAUUUUAUCAAUGAGUACAAGAAAGAAGGACACAAGAAAGGAGCCGAAGAUAAUAGCUUACACUUUUUGUAAUUACGGACCAGCGGGCAAUAUAGAGGGAUUUCCUAUAUACGAAGCUGGUCAAUCCUGUCAGAACUGUCCGCAGGGGACCCGCUGCUCCGACCGGACCCACAGAGCUCUCUGUUCUAUUACGGGUGAUCCCGAUGCUCGCUCCUGACUAUCUUAGAUAUAAUGUUUUUUGUAGCAAGUUAUUUAAAUAUUGUAUUUUGAAAUUACUAGAUUUCUUCUUCUUCAUAGAAUGUG